AUGGUUGCUACAGUGUAUAGGACCCCAGGUGCACAGCCAGCUGUUAUUGUGGCUCCUCAAUUUCAGGAGAAGUGGGUGCCUCGUAGCUUGAGGGAUGAGAGACGAGAGCAGGUUGAUAGGUUGGAGCAGCAUGGGAUGUCUGUGACCGAGUAUGAGAUGAUAUUUCACACCUUCUCUCACCAUGCUUUGACUGUUCUACCUAAUGAGACUGAGAGGAUUAGGAAGUUUGUCAGGGGGUUGUCUGUCUUAUCCCCUUCGACUCGUAGCGAUACAUGCAGCAGCUUCAGGAGAGGUGGUGCUCAAAUAGGCUGUGGUGGUAGAUGCGGAGGUUCUCAGGCCGAGGGUGGCCGUGCUCAGUGCUAUACAUAUCUAGGUAGACGAGAGGCAGAGGCUUCUGAUGUAGUCAUUACAGGUACUAUUUUGGUUUGCCGUCGGUUGGCUAUAGCAUUGGACAUCUCCAGUGUUUCUAGUUCUGUUGAGGAUUCUGUAGUGGUGGAUCGAGUGUAUCAAUCUUGUGUGGUUACUUUGAUGGGGUAUGACACUUGGGUGUUGUUUGUGAAGAAGAAGGAUUGGUCUAUACGCAUGUGUAUCGACUAUCGGCAGUUGAACAAGCUUCAGGCAUCGGUCUUCUCUAAGAUCGAUUUGAGGUCCGGUUAUCACCAGUUGAAGAUUAGGGCAGAGGAUAACCUUAAGACAACUUUCAAGAUUGAGUUUCUAGUUAUGUCUUUUGGGCUGACCAACGCCCCAGCAGCCUUUAUGGAUUUGAUGAACGGUGCUUUUAGAGCUUACUUGGAUCCUUUCGUGAUCGUCUUUAUUGAUGAUAUCUUGAUAUACUCUCGUAGUAGAGUGGAGCACGAGCAGCAUUUGAGGAUCGUGCUUGGGAUCCUUAAGGAGAAGCAGUUAUAUGCUAAGUUCUCAAAGUGUGAGUUUUGGCUCGAUUCUGUGGCAUUUCUGGGUCAUGUAGUGACCAAGGAUGGUAUUAUGCACCCUUUUUGUGUGUAG